AUGAAAUUGCUGGUGUUAAAUUGCUUGCUCCUGACUGCUGGUCAUUAUCAAAUAUGGGCCAAAGAAUCAACAUCAACUCAACGCAUUGUGGGCGGCGUUAGGCUACCCAUAGAGGCCACACCUUGGGUGGCUUCGAUCACGGUCAAUGGGAAAUUCUGGUGUGGCGCUUCACUGAUCACUAACAAAUGGCUCUUGACAGCUGCCCAUUGUGUCCAUUAUCCUGCCAGCUAUUCGGUUAGGGCUGGCUCAUCGAGUCCCUAUUAUAAUGGCCAGCAACGCGAUGUCAUCCGAAUCUAUUUGCAUCCAGGCUUCAAUCUAAAUACUUUGUACCAUGACAUAGCAAUUCUAGAGACCAGAGAGCCCUUUCGAUUGAAUCGAAGAGUUCAAUUGAUAAAGUUACCCCUAUCUGGUCUGAGUGUGAUGCCCAAACGUCUACAGGUCGCCGGUUGGGGCUCAAUAAAUCCAAACAUUACGGAGGCCCUGGGCCAAUUGCAGGGCACAUGGGUGCUGCCCCUCGAACAGGGUGUUUGCCGAUAUCUAUAUCAACAAAGGAAUCGCAUCAUCACCAACGAUAUGCUCUGUGCGGCGGCAGCUGAUAGGGAUCAUUGUUAUGGUGAUUCUGGUGGUCCGCUCGUACAUCGUGGCAUCAACUAUGGCAUAGUAUCCUUUGCCUAUGGCUGUGCCAAUCCUUAUUUCCCUGGUGUCUAUACAAAAGUGGCCAACUAUGUCAACUGGAUAUUUGAGGUGCUAAGAACUGUUGCCAAUUGA